GUGGUGUAUGAAAAAACAAAACGAGGAGCCACGCCAAAUAAAAUUGCCACAAAAUCGUGCAGUGUCGACGCCCCGGCUUUACUAAUAAAAAUUACUCAUACAUACACUACCUUUCCCUUUCCGUCGGUCGCUCUUUUUCCGGCAAUGCUGCUCCUUCAUUCCUUAACAUUACCCACAGCUACCUUCUUCUCCAGCAGCCAUUACCAGGUUCCCCUGGUGGAGGCCGAUGAUAUCCCUUUUCCCACUGCAUGGUGGUUCCUUUACGCCGGCCUCUCCUGUCUCCUCGUUUUGUUCGCCGGUAUUAUGUCUGGCCUCACUCUCGGCCUCAUGUCCCUCAACCUUGUUGAGCUCGAAAUCUUGCAACGUACAGGUUCUUCCACCGAGAAAAAGCAAGCUGCUGCUAUUAUUCCUGUGCUGCAGAAACAGCACCAAUUGCUUGUUACUCUCCUGCUUUGUAAUGCUUGUGCCAUGGAGGCUCUUCCUAUCUACCUUGAUAAAAUCUUUCACCCCUUCGUCGCGGUUUUGCUAUCUGUGACGUUCGUUCUUGUCUUUGGCGAGAUUAUUCCGCAAGCAAUAUGCUCGAGAUAUGGACUUGCUGUUGGUGCAAAUUUUAUUUGGCUAGUGCGUAUUUUGAUGAUCAUCUGUUAUCCAAUUUCGUACCCGGUUGGAAAGGUCUUGGAUGCAGUACUUGGUCACCAUGAUGCUCUGUUUAGGAGAGCUCAGUUGAAAGCCCUUGUUUCUAUCCAUGGACAAGAGGCUGGGAAGGGAGGUGAACUCACACACGAUGAGACGACCAUCAUCAGUGGGGCAUUGGACUUGACAGAAAAGACUGCAGUGGCGGCUAUGACACCUAUAGAAUCAACAUUUUCUUUGGAUGUGAAUUCCAACUUGGACUGGGAAGCAAUUGGAAAAAUCCUUGCACGAGGUCAUAGUCGUGUCCCAGUCUAUUCUGAGAACCCAAAGAAUAUAAUUGGUCUCCUAUUGGUAUCAGUGAAAAGUCUACUGACAGUAAGAGCAGAAACGGAAACUCCAGUCAGUGCUGUUUCCAUACGGAGAAUUCCUAGGGUUCCUUCAGAUAUGCCAUUAUAUGAUAUCCUAAAUGAAUUCCAAAAGGGAAGCAGUCAUAUGGCCGCUGUAGUCAAGGUCAAGGAGAAGAAUAAGAAUUCUGUGCUUGCCAGUGAUGGAGAGAAAUAUGAGGGAAAAUUUUUUACCUCUGGGAUAUCACCCCUUGCCACUCCCUUGCUCACAAAACAUGACAAUGAUUUGGAAAGUAAUGAUGUUGAUAUAGAAAAAGCUCCAAGGAAUGCUGGACACAGGCAAACCAUGCAGCAGAAUUUGACUGCAACAAAUGGAGUGUGCAAUUUGUAUGAAGAUAUUGAAGAUGCGGAAAUUAUUGGGAUUAUCACUUUAGAGGAUGUUUUUGAGGAACUUCUGCAAGUGAGCACAACCUCCACAAUUUAUAGUAGAAAUAUUUACGAGGAGGAAAUUGUAGAUGAGACAGACGUAUAUGUGGAUGUCCAUAAAAGAAUACGUGUGGCUGCGGCUGCAGCUGUGGCUGCUUCAUCUGUGGCACGAGCUCCAUCAGCUCGUAGGUUGCCACUUGACAGGUCAAAAGUCCACCGGAGUUCAAAGUAGGGAAGUCAAGAUCCAGGAAAGCUGCGGGAGACUAUAGAUUCAAUGAUAUUUAAAGGAGUCACACUGGUACUUCAACCGAGUAAAAUAAAAGAUGAAUCAACCAAGUUUCAAAAGGAAUUCUAUUGCGUGCUUCACCAAGCUUAAACUCUCCAGCUUCUGUAGUAUUGAUCAUAAUUGAUUUUAGCUUUAGAAUAAAAAAUCAACCUUUGAAAGCUUUAAAUGUUUUAAACUCGCCAUUACAACAAGAAAAUAAUUACGAGAUAGUAUGAAAUUUUCUCAUUCUUGUACACAGUGUAGAGGAUAAUAGUAGCUGCUGAUGUAAAGAACGAUAGAGCUGAUAUGGUAGAAAUUACUGUGAAUUCCAAGUAGUAAAGAAUGGUGACUGAAUCUUGCUUAAAA